UUGACACAGCUUACAAACUAGACAUUCCUGGUAUUUUCAGACUUAUUAGAUGAUUUUUUAAAAAAAGAAUUUUGUCACUUGGCUGAAAAAUCUCGCAUAAUUAUUGAUAAAUAUUGGAAACGUAUAACUAUUGUAAUCUGCUUGACGAAACAAAUAUUUCAGGAACAAAUAUUUGUACAUCUGAUGUGAAGCCAAAGUUGAUGGCAAUCGUGGAAAACUUUUUGGAAUUCUGGGGAAUUUUCCCGACUAUUUAAAGACUUUCAAAUUAUUAGUUGUCAUUUUAUAUUUCACUGAGACAAGGAAAGAGUUUUAGGUUGUUGCUGUGAUUAAAGAUAUAUCUGCAGAAAAAAUGAAGUCUCUUGCCAUUCUUUUGUGUCUUUUCCUUUCCCAAGUUCUUUGCGUUCUCGGAAUACGGAAUGGAAACUGCACCGAUCCAAACCUCACAAGGCAGCUGGACGAUUACUGCUACAAUUUUACUAACGGCAAUCCGAUUCAAUUUGCAACUUGCAUCCAAACUAACUUUCCUAAUGGAGGCUACUCUUACAAAUAUAACUGCUACUAUGUUCACGAAUGCCCAAAAGCUGACCAAAGCUGCCAGAAAUAUUGUAGAUCUUAUGGCUAUCCAUAUUCCUGCACUAUUCCAAGCAAAAGAGUCUAUUGUGCCUGCGGCGUAAGAUUGGAUGACAACAAAUUGUACUACUAUUACGCAUAUUAAGUAGGCUUAAUGAGCAGGCUGAAAUAAAGAAGACAUCGGAAAUGGCCAAUCUACAAAAGAAAGUUUUAAUUUUUCUCAUUUCACAUAUUGACAUAUUCUGCUAAAAUUCAAAACCUUCUUAAUUUUGUACCAAAUUUCAUUCAAUUUCUGUAA